CUGCUCUUAAAUUUGUUCUUUCAACUAAUAAUAAUGGAUCUGUAUUUUAACUCUGAGAACCCGUUGGUAGGCAAGAGAACCUCCUUCGGUCGUUUAAAUCCGAAAGCAUUGGAAGCAAAAAUUCUUCUCUUAUAAGAUAAUUCCCUUUGCUGCGUUCUUAUGGUCGUACUCAAUUCUACUCAUUUAUAUAGGCUUCAGUAAGGAAUUCUUGAAACAAAGUUACUUUAAGCGAAAGAUCAAAAGCAUCAUCAAAACUGAUUUUUUGGGAAUUGUGAAAAACUCUCACGGUUUGGAUUUUACAAUUUGAAGAUUUCAGGAGCCUUUCUUUUACUUCAAUUUAUCUGUGUUUAAGAUGCUAUUGUGUGCAAGAAGCAUCAAGACUCAAAAAAAGAAAAUCGGUGCAUUACCGUUUCACCAAUUGAUAAAGUCGUUUGCAAGCGAAUCGAAAAUUGGGUUCAAUUAUGAUGCAGCGUUUCAUGGGGAAAUUCAAAAAAGAAAAGAAACAAGUACCUAUAGGGUGCUAAGCAACAUCAACCAUGUCAUAAAUAAUCAAGGACCAAAGGCAUAUACGAAUGAUCACGAAAAAGUAAUUGAUGUAUGGUGUAGUAAUGACUAUUUGGGAAUGCGAACGAACCAAGAAAUUGCUGACGCUAUCCAUGCAUUUGUUGAUCGGUACGGUGUUUCUUCAACGGGCUCCAGAAACAUCGCCGGGCAUAACCAAGUAUUCGUUGACUUGGAAAAUUCUUUAGCACAGCUUCAUCAGAAGCAAGCCUGUCUUGUGUUUAACAGUGGGUAUGUUGCUAAUGAAACUACACUCGCUACUUUGGCACAAAGGCUUCCAGGCUGCGUUUACUUCAGUGAUGAGCUGAAUCACGCCUCCAUGAUUCACGGGAUUCGAAACAGCAGAGCGGAAAAGGUUAUUUAUAAGCACAAUGACAUUAAAGAUUUAGAAGAGAAACUGAACAGAUACCCAAAAUCAUCUCCAAAGGUAAUUGCCUUUGAGUCAAUUUACAGCAUGAAUGGCGAUAUCGCUCCUAUUGAGUCCAUUUGCAAACUGGCAAAAAAGUACGGUGCAUUAACGUAUCUUGAUGAAGUUCAUGCCGUUGGAAUGUAUGGAGAGCAAGGCGCUGGCGUUGCUGCUGCUCUUAACAUCUCAGACCAGGUGGAUAUUAUAACUGGUUCCUUGGCUAAAUCUUAUUCCGCUACAGGUGGAUAUGCGGCAGGAUCUUCAUCUUUCGUUGAUUUCAUACGUUCUUUUUGUCCUGGAUUCAUUUACACUUCUAGUCUCCCUCCUCAUGAUGUUGCCGCUGCCUUAACUUCGGUUGAGUAUUUGAAGGCUUCAGAAACUGAAAGAGCCCUUCAAAAGUCUGCCGUACGUAAAUUAAAAGACAUGCUUACUGAUUCAGGGAUACCUUUCCUUUCCAAUCAAUCUCAUAUAGUCCCCAUUAUGGUUGGACAUCCAGAGUUCGGGAGAUUGAUUAGUAGAGAUCUUAUAAAGGAUUACAAUAUUUACCUCCAUCACAUCAAUUAUCCAACAGUUGCAAAGGGAACUGAACGCUUGAGAGUAACGCCUACGCCUUUACACAAUGAUGAGGCUACUUUGAAACAUUUUGUGAAUGCCUUGAAAGAGCUUUGGAAAAAAUACGAUUUGCGUGGUAUAGAUCACUGGAGAGCAAAUGGAUUCUCUGUUAAUGAGCCAUGUCAUUUUCCUCUUGUUGCAUAACCUUUUUGACUCUAUCCUUAAUAAUAAGCUAGUGCCUAUCCAAUGAUUCCUUGAUUAGCAGUUAUAAAGGCGUUUUCCCAAUUCGCGAACCUAACUACAAGCAAGGACUGCAAGAUUUCUGUAAAGAUUCAAAGCAAAGUCAUUGAUGGCUUUUUGCUCUAUAAGCAAGUUACGAUCUCAGUGAAAGAUGGUAUGCCUUACACUCUCAUAAAGCUAAGCCAAAGUUACCAACGGCAAAAAGAUUGCUGGGUCGUUCCACAUUUAUGUGCAUUUAUUUCUACUCUUUAAAGACUUUUUUUUUAACGGAUAUGAACGAUUACUGAAUACAGAUAGCAGAAUCAGGGAAAACAGGUUAGUUUGUCUCUAAUAAGAAAUUUCAUUUUGUGUACAUUAAUUUUUAUGAAAAAC